AUGGAUUGGUCGUUUAUAUUACAACUGUUGAUAACAAUACUGGUCAUUGUACUGGGUGCAAAUUGGUUGUUAAGUUCCUUCCUACUGGACUUCAAAAGAGACCUGACAGCGGUUGCUCUGGCACAACAGGCAAGUGUAUCUAGCGUUCGUAACGAGAAUGAAACUGCAUAUUAUAGAAGCAUCUUAGUGCCUACUGGUUUCCCAUUGACUACUGGACUAGGACUCUCUUUAAAGUACAAAAUAAGAAAUGGUAAUUUUGGUGAUGUUUGGAAUGCCACGAUGGAAGUUUCCAAGGGAAGGAACACCAUCAAGCUGGUAGGAGACGAGAAAAGUUAUUCAUUGGGUGAGAUCAAUGGUAUGGCCAAGCGUAUACUUCAGAAACUUUCUGUGAAGAAGUACAAAAAUAUUGGUAUAUCUGCGUCAGUCGCCACGGUGGAAGGAUUUUCUCUUACUUUGGCCUCUAUGAUGGCGUCUAUAAAAACUGGUUCUGUACCUCAUUUUUUGCCAGCGGUUCCUAGACAACGAGUGGCGGAUCUUGAUGUCCUAAUCAUCGAUUCAUGGAGAUCUUUCAAGAUGCUAAACGGUAGUGAGGAUUGGUACAAACUGAUCAUUGUUUGUGAUGAUCCUACGAAAGCACCACAAUUCGAUUUGGACAAUAAUCAUGUCAUUACAUGGGUAGAGCUUAUAGAUGGGUUUGGUAACGAUCCAGAGUUCCAAUACACACCGCCAGAUGACAAUUCUGAUGACAAGAAACUGUUUGCGUACGUAGCCUCACCAUGGAAUGGAACUAACAGCUUCAAUCAGAUAUGCCUGGUGAGUAACAUUGCGGAAUUUAUCAAGAGUUUUCCCCUAGGUAACGAAUUGAAUAGCAGUGAUCAUUUAACCAUCUCAGCAAAAUUAGCAAGUUCCAGUGCAAGCUUACAAAUCUGGGGGAAGCUCUUCGCUGUCUUGCUACACGGUGGGUCUGCAUCAUUUGUCGAUCCAGCAGCGUUGGAUUGCAAGUCAUUGCAUAAGACUACACUAUUGAUUAUUGAAGCAAAAGACAUUACCAAAUUAACGGAUUCCGCUUCGGAAAAGGGCUUAGUACAUAAAUUUUACUUAUCCUGGGCGAUUAAUUUAUUGAGCGAGGGUAUCUUUACCAAAAUUGCUAAGAUUGAACCGAAUGCUCUUGAGAAACUAAGAUGUGUUUAUUUGGCAGAAAGUGUGAAAGAUGCUGAAGUGAUUUCAACAUUUCCUGCAAAGAUUCCUCAAUUGAAGAAGACCAAUAAAAGAACCACCCCAAGCACUAAACAACUGAAUAAAAUAAGAGCACAGUUUGGAUCUCGUGUGGUUCUCGAGUUAUAUUGUCCAUAUACUAUCAUGGGGCCCAUAGCACAUACGAAUUUUUACGAUUACAGAGUUUUUGACAGCUCGGUGGAUAAUAACGUUGUUUGUUAUGGACCCUUAAGCACAACGUUAGAAGGUAAAAUGGUGGAAACGGAAACCAACCCUCUUUUGAACAUAGAGAAAAGACAAGGUAUGUUAUGUAUUCGUGGCUUUAGUAUCGGUAAACCAGUCGAGUCAAAUCGUUUGCAGAACGCAAUGAACUUGGCCGAAAAAUUUGGAGGAGGUGAAGGUUGGAUGCCUUUAGUCGGUAUAUUUGGGUUGUGGGGCCAAGAUGGUUGCUUAUACACCUAUAACCAAUAA